AUGUUUGGUGGUUAUAUCCAAUCUGGUGUUUAUAAAACAUUAAAUGGUAAAGCAGGAUUACCGGGAUGGAAAUGGAUUUUUGUUAUUGAUUUUAUUAUUACUGUUCCAAUUGCAGUCUUGGGGUAUAUUAUUCUUCCAGAUUCUCCAAAUCAAGCUAAACCAAGUAAAAUUUUAUCUCAAAAAGAUCUUGAUUUUUGUGCUGAACGUGUUAGAGUUAUUAAAAAAGUUGAAAAUGGUAAUAAAUUUGAUUUAAAAGUUGUUAAAAAAAUGUUUACAUCAUGGCAAUUUUAUGUGUUUGUCUUUUAUUAUUGUGUUGGUCAUUUACCAAGUACUGCAACUUCUUAUUGGGCUAUCGUGUUGAAAGCACAGGGUUAUAACGUCUACCAAAGAAAUAAUAUCCCAACAACAAAAUCAGCAUUCAACGUUGUUGCAUGUAUUGUGGGUGGUCUACUAGUUGAUAUCUUGGGAAGAUAUUGGGAAAUCAUGACAGUUGCAAAUAGUAUAUGGGUCAUUGCAUUGUCAAUUUUAGUUAAAUGGGAUGUUCCUCGUGGUGCUCAAUUUUAUGCAUAUAUCACUAGCGGUAUCAGUGGAUUAAUUUCAACAUUAUGUUGUUCAUGGACAAAUGAAAUGACAAGAGAAGAUAAUCAAUUAAGAGCUGCUGUUUUAGGUUCUUUAAAUUUGAUCAAUAUUGGACCAAGUACAGCUUUCUCUACAACUGUAUUUAAUACUGAUUAUGCUCCAAGAUAUGAGAAAGGCACAAGAAUAGCAUUGGGAAUUGCAGUUAUUAGUUUAUUAAGUGGUUUUGUUGUACUUUGGUUUGAUAGAUAUCAAAGAAGAAAAAGAGAUUAUAUUGAAGAUCAAGCCCUUGCUGGUAAAGUUACGGAACAUAAUGAGGUUAUAGAUAUCACAAAUUGA